GCUAUGGUUCCGUCCCUAUCCCGUCGUACAUUCCCCAGCGAACAUCGCUGAAAAAAAUACCGCUUUCUGUGCUCUAUCUUGCACCGCAUCCGGAUCCGCCAAGGCCUGCAUGUAUCAUAUAUCAUAUAUGCUUGCUACCCUCUCCCUGCACAUCAGUCCAAGUUGACGUUGAACAUUUUGACAGGGGCUGCUGAUUGGAUUUAGCGGCGCCCUUGUCCUCCCCACGCCUCAGGCUCCAGAAUCUGUACAGCCUUUCCGACGGACAGGGUCCACAUAAAACGACAUCCACGACGGGGAUACAUGCUUUACCUUUCCGCAUCGAGCGACAGCUCCCCACCCCCCCUCUCCUCCUCCGUUUUCUCUGAGUCACCAGCGAUGAACGUGCAGUUUUCGUUCGGCCAGAACCGGUCGUACUUCUGCAGCGCGGGGUCCGCGUACGCAUGGAGCACGAACGCGAUCCCGGCCGGCCUCACGCGCCUGCUGCUCAACCGUAACCACAUCGACGCACUCGCGGCGCCGCACGACGUUUCGUUCCCGAUGGAGGCCAACACAUUCGGCGCGUGCUGGCGGACGGCGGCGGGGCGGAAUGCGUUCGAAGCGAACUUCCUCGGGCGGCCGUAUACGCGCCUGAUGCGCUUCAUGCAGGCGACGCACCGCCGCGGCGACAAGACGACGCGCACGGUGUUCGGGCCGGGGCAGAGCUACUUCUCGAUGUCGGGUGCGGGGUACAGCUGGCAGAAGCUGCCCCUCGCGCUCGAGGACGAUCUGCUCGAUUGCAUGAAGACGCGCCGGCCGGUGGCCGUGGCGCUCGGCGUCGGGGGCGCGUACGUUGCGCUGUACAGCGACGGGACGGUGACGUUUGAUCUCAGGGGGCAUUAUCCGAUGGUGGAUCGGCUUAUCCGCGAUACGGCGGAGGCCGCGAGGAAGCGCGGCGUGAUGUAUGUUGCACUGAACCCGUUCAUCGCUGGCGAAUACUACGCGGUAUAUGGCGAUGGCUCUGCGACGUGGAACUUCCCGACCAAGUGGGGCGCGGAUGUGACCCAUGUCAGCCAGCAGAUCCAGGCUGUUCCCGUGCAAAGUACGCCAAGUGUCGUUUCCGCCGCCGGAGGAACCAGUCCUCCGCUGUCCACUGCUGGGGGAUCGAGUCCGGCUGCCCAGCUUCCCGCUGUGCCUAGUCCGGCACCGACUCCUGCGCCAGAAAUGCCGAAUCCGAUUGCACUCCCGCAUCCUUCUGUUCCUGAGCAAGUCCAGUCCGUAGCUAUGCCCCAAUCUGGGGUCGUGCCCCAGUCCGUGGUCAUGCCCCAGCCCGUGGUCAUGCCUCAGCCCGUGGCGAACCCAGCAGUCCACGCUCCUUCCGUCGGCGGGCCCGCCGGCAGCGCCCUACCUUCUCCGUCUCCUUCCAUCGGACAUCAGCGGCCGCCAUCCGUGUCGAGUGUCAACUCCCAUGCGUCGGGAUCGCCGAUGAUCCAGCCACAAUACACGGGCUCGAGUUCGGCGUCCGGCAGCCAGCAACGCCCGCCGUCUAUGCAUUCUCAUUCUGCGUCGUACUCCGCUGGAGGAUCGCCGACGAUGCAAGCGCAAGGUUAUGGACACGCUCAGCACGCUUCGAUGAGCGCUCCUUACACGACGUCGCCGCUGUCGGAGACCAGUUCUCCUGCAUUUGGACACGAGGCAUGGACGUCGCAGAACAUGGGCCAGGUGCCGCAAGUCUCCUCGACAACGGCUACGACGACGACGAGCGCAGGGUACCAGGCAUCGACGUCCCAAAAUGCUUCAGCCAGCAGCAUGAACCACGUGCAGCAGGCGGUGUCGACGUCCCAAAACAUGGUUCCGCAAACCUCGACGGCUACGACGACGACGACGAGCUCAGGGUACCAGCCAUCACCGACUGAGAAUAUUUCAGCAGCAAGCAACAUGGGCCAUGUGCAGCAGGACGCAUCGACGUCCCAGAACAUGGUGCCACAAGCUUCUUCGACGACGGCGACGAGCUCGGGGUACCAGGCAUCGACGUCGCAGAAUAUUUCGUCAAGCAAUAUGAAUUCCAUGCAGCAGACCUCGUCAAUGACGGGCUCGGGAAGUCCGGCGGUUCCAUCAUAUGGGUCGUCCAACAUCACAUCAGGUGGCACGCAGUCCGCUUCGACCGGUGUGCCGACCUCGGGGGGAACGACAUCCAGCUAUCAGGCUACAUCGCCGGCGACAGCGAGCAUCACGUACGCGGCAACAGCGGACAACGCCUACCCCGCAGAGAGCACGUUCGUGCCCCCGCCAGCGUACGCGCCGUUGCCUGCCGCCGCGGAAUACACUGUGCCACAGUUGCAGCCCCAGCGGCCGCCGCGGCCAGCGGCACAGGCGCCGCCGCCGCAGAAGCUGUCGUGGUCGAGCGGGCUCUCGCUGGGGCUCAAGGCGGCGCAGGGCCUGAACAACAUCGUCAACGCGAUGAACGGGACGCCGACUGCGAACACGCAAUAUCAGUACCAGAACCAGGCGAAUCAGUACCAGUACCAGAACCAGAACCAGGCGGCGACGACCGCGUCGACGACGGGCGCUCUGCUGGGGCUUGUGGGGAACACCCUUAACGUCGAUCCCAGUCUGAUCCAGGUGGCGAGCGGGGUCGCGACGCUCGCCAGCGCCGGCGCUUCCGCUCUGCAGGGCGGCGGGGCGGCGGGUGGGAAUGUGAACAACAAUUACGCUGUGGGCGGGAAUCAGGUCAUGCAGGAGACGAUCGUGCAGCAGCAGGACAUCGCAGUAGUCGAUUACACAGGAGGCAGCGGCGUUGUGGUGGAGGACAUCUCGACGACCACUGUGGUUCAGGAGACGGUGUAUUGAAAUGGUAACUACGCUCUCAUGCAUGUAUGUACAUAUAUAUAUAUAUCACAAUACUCUCAUACCCUGCUUGUCCACUCCCACCAUGGAGCCAUCGGGCACGAUUACUUGGAAAGUCGGCCAAGACACGGUCCAGACCGCCUACUGGGUCUACGGCGACCUCAGCAAAGCCGCGAUCCCGCUCAUCGUGCUGCACGGCGGCCCGGGCGUUCCGCACGGCUACAUCCAGCCCCUCGCGCAGCUCGCCCAGCGCGGGGCCCACAGCGCGGUGAUCAUGUACGACCAGCUCGGCUGCGGGCGCUCGACGCACCUCGCGGACAAGCCAGGCGCCUUCUGGACCGUCGAGCUGUUCAUGGACGAGCUCGAGCACGUG